AUGGCACGCGGCAAGCUCAUAGUCUUCGAGGGUCUCGACCGCGCAGGCAAAUCAACACAAUGCCAAAAGUUAGUCGAAGACCUACAAAACGAUGGGGUGAAAGUGCGACACAUGCGAUUCCCUGACCGCUACUACUACAGCGGCUGCGUCUACUCGGCCGCCAAGCAAAACCCCAACAUGAGUCUAGAAUGGUGUCGGAACCCCGAGCUGGGGCUCCCACGACCUGACCUCUGCAUCUUCCUUGACAUCUCGGCCGAGGACGCGGCGAAGAGGGGGGGCUACGGUGCGGAAAAGUAUGAGAAGAAGGAUAUGCAGGAUCGGGUGCGGGUGCUGUUUGAGACACUGAUGCAGAGGAAGGAGGGCGAGGACUUUGUCAGGAUUGAUGCGGGGGCUAAGGGUUGCAAAGGGUGA